UUGUCUUGCACAAAGCUUGCCUUACAUCUACCGCUGCUCACAUACCAACUGGACGACCAUCGCGGAGCUGGGAACCCUACCUGCCGCUUCUACCUUGAAGCAGGUGUACCCAAGCCACCUGCUAUUGAAUCCUGUCUUAAGAGCAAACUUGUAAGGAGCUAACCAUGGCGCCCGUGGACGUUGAGCUGGUGGCCGAAAUCUUCGACGCCACCAACGCGGUGCUAGACGAGGGGCUGAACGCGGCCAUCACCGCGGCCCUCAACGUCUGCGGCAUCCCCGACCCGGGCUUCGUGGGCUGGGUGGUGGGCAAGAUCGUCAAAGAGUUGGGCUUUGACCCCGAGCGCGCCGCCCUGGCCAUUGCCGUGUGCCUUGAGUACGCCAAGCGCACGCACUCGCUGACGAGGGGGCUGCGGCUCAGGAACCGCUGCACACUCUGCAGACUCAAGGGCCACAACUCUCAGAACCACACGGACGAGAUCGACGAGUGGCUGGCCAACGUGGGCCUGGCGUCCUCGGCUGAGGAGGUCAGCGGCUUCCUGGAGGCCGUGGGGCUGAGCGACUGAGGCAGGGGGCGGGACCGCGGGGCGGGCGACUGAGGGGGCGGGCCGGGCGGGGCUGGCGUGUAGGCGCAUACAGCGGCGUGGGCGACCAAGUUGAGGUGAAGAUGAGAGGCUGGGCUGAGUGAUUGAUGGCGCGAUGUAUAGCAGGCCGGCGGGCUUGCCCUGAGGUUGGGGAGCAAUGCUUGUGCUGUCUGGCGUUGCACCAAGCAACAAUUGCAAUGGGGGCAGAGUCCUGGUCACCGCUCAGGCUUGCGCAAGCUCCACUCUGUCCAGCGGUCGCCUGAUGUGCCUGUGCCAUGCAGACGUGCAGUGCGUGCUGGGGCAGGGAUACUGACGCGUGCGGGUUGUAGGCACCUUGGAUUUUGCUUUUGCGGGUGUGUGAGGUGCAGGUACCCUAGUGCGAGGCGUGUGAGCCGCACAAAGCCCACAAGGAGCCCAUGGCGCUGCCGGGCUAUCUAUUUACUUUACUGCUGCGUUGGUUAUUAUUAGCAGCUCAUAUGUGUGCGGACUGUACCCAUCUGGAUGGCUGGUCCGCCGGCACCUUCCAUUCCUUGUUGACUGUACCGAUAGGAUAUGAUCGCUACCGGGACCCCCCGGGACCCCGAUACGUACGGCACUGGACCCCGAUGCUUGGACGAGUAUCGGGGUCAAUGGGGUCCCGGCUUUACAAGCCGCAAAGCUAGCACGCUUUUACAAUUGGGAAUGUUAUCUUAGUAUAACUAUGCCCUUGGUGUAACAGGAAAGACUGCG